UAAUGCAGAUUUUUGCAGUUUUUGUGUUUUACAUGAUGCUGAAAGUGGACUUCAUUUGCGGAAUUCCUUUAUUAUACGAAAGGACAAAUGUGGUAAAUAAGGUGGAGUUUUCCGAUCUCGGGAUCGACGGUGAUCGUAUCGAUCCGCUGAUCGAUGUGUCGGAGGAAGAGCAACAGCUACGUAACGUCAGUGUAUCCAGCCACACGGAGAUAAAUAGUGCUGAAAACCCCGAUUCGAACGAACGUACGAAUACAACAGAACGAACCCAGCCGGUGGCUAAAGUGACUGUUAUUCCAUCGAAUGAUUUACCGAACGUGGAUGAUACAGUUACAUCUCAUUUUACCGACGCAUUAACUCCGAUUGUUGAUGUUACGCCGAACGCUGAACAAACCGCUACGACACAAGCUACGACUGCCGCUAGUGAUAAUAUCAAUUUGAGAAGUGAAACAUCAACAGUGCAACCCGAAACUACCAGUCUUGUACAAGCUACGGAAAAAUUACCAAGCCAGUCAACGACAAAUGAUGAAACGAACAAAAAUGCAGAAAGUGUGCAUGAGGAAAAAUCGAUAUCAACGAAUUUGAUUGAUAGCACCGACAUGUAUGUCAUUACAACUACUUUGCCGACAGAAGAGGACAGAAGUCUGCUUGCUGAAGGAAUCACGUUAACAUCUUUCACAGCUACUGCAGUACCAGCAAUAACUAUAACAGAGUACAUUGAUGCUAGUGGUUUAAAAAAGAGCUCUACGGUGGAUGUGGAAACGUUAAGUACAACACUCAUGACUCCUUCCGAGCAUACUUCAACUGAAAUGGGCCUAGAAAGUUCGACAUCUAUUACAAGUGAUAUUGAAACUACCACUACCCUUGAAUAUUUAGCAUCAACAGAGGAUAGUUUUGAUGCUUCAAUACAAACAACUGAAACGAUCAUUGAAGCAACUACUUCUACUCGAGAAGAUUUCGAGAGCAGCGUCUUUAUAAGCGAACAUCCAGAACCAACCAGUUGGUCAAAUGUUCCUGUAACUGGCAUAGAACAUUCGAUAACAGAUGAUACGCCAAUUUUACCGUUUACAACAACUGCCGCUAAUAGUGAAACAACCACGACAACUGAACCGUUCACAACAGAUAGAACAGAUCUGCAAGAAACAACCAUUGUAAGUACGGUUGAUGCUAACGAAGUGAACGCAAUUGUAACCGAAAUGCCCGCAUCGAUGGAAGUUAGUACGAUCGAGCAUAUUCUAUCCGAUACGAGUACCUCUAGUUCAGAUAUUGAAAAUCGUGAAACAAUGACUACCAUUUUGCCGGCAACAGAAAAUGUUGAUAAUACGAAAACAACAGUGGAGAUAGAUACUACCGUUACUCAAACAACAACUCAAUCCAUCCCAACCACUGUUUCGCAAGAAGAGCUUGAAAUUAGUACUCAAACCGUAAUAGAAAAUGAGCCCACUACUACCCCAUCAAGUACAGAAACAAAUGCCCCUUUGGUAUCAAAUAGUGAAGGAUUAACCACAAGCAGUGCAGAACAGGUAACUGAAUUAGUAAAUGUUACUGAAGAAACAAAUUUCUCUCUAGUUGCAAGUAGUGAAGCACCAAGUACAACGAGUGCAGAGCAAACAACAGAAGUUGUAAAUGGAUCUGAGGAAACAAAUUUCGCUGUGGUAUCAAAUAGUGAGGCACCUAGCACAAGCAGUGCAGAGCAAAUAACUGAAAUUAAAAAUGUUACUAAAGAGAAAAAUUUCCCUACGCAAACAUACAGUGAAGGGUUAACUACAAGCAGUAUAGAACAGGUAACAGAAGCUGUUAAUGUCACUGAAGAAACAAAUUUUCCUACGCUAACAAACAGCGAAUCACUGACCAAUAGCAGUGCAGAAGAGGCAACUGAGGUUAUAAAUGUUACUGAAGAAACAAAUUUUCCUGUGUCAACAAACAGUGAAGCAUUAGACACAACGAGUGCAGAGGAAAAAACGGAAGUUAUAAAUAUUACUGAAAAGACAAAUUUCCCUACGCCAGCAAAUAGUGAAGCAUUAAGCACAAGCAGUGCGGAAAAGGUAACUGAAGCUUUAAAUGUUACUGAAGAAACAAAUGUCCGUUUAAAUAGUGAAGAGUUAAGCACAACAAGUGCAGAACAGGUAACUGAAGCUGUAAAUGUUAUUGAAGAAACAAAUUUCCCUCUAAAUAGUGAAGUAUUAAGCACAAUAAGUGCAGAACAGGUAACUGAAGCUGUAACUGAACAAAUACUUGUCACCGAUCCUAACCGCGACGAUUUCACCGGAGAUACGACCCAAACAACACCUAGUGAAUCUAUUGAAUUGUCUACUUUAUAUACGCUGGAAGAGAUAACAGAUACAACCACAAUGAUGAACGAGCAAACUGAAAAAGUAACUAGCGUAGAAACUGAAGCUUAUCAUACAACAACGGACAAAGGUGUUGCGCAGAAUGCAUUACAACAUGAACUUACUGUUCCAGGCGCAACAAUUUUACCCACCGAAGGAGAAGAUAGGGAAGAGUUAACAACCGGGUCAGUAGAACGUUUCUCUAUUACAGAAAAAAAUAAUGCAGCGUUCGUUACAACGGUCGUUGAAAGUAGCUUUGAAAUGACAACGAAAGCUCCUGCGGUUGUGACGGUAACAGAACCCCAGUCCGUCACCCCAGAAACAAACACCAACACGAUCUUUGAAGAAAAUCGUGAGGUAACACCAACUGAUUCAUUUUCUUUUAGCGAAAAUAGGCAAUAUUCUCAGGAUGACGCGAUAUCAAGCACUACAACGGAAUUAUCAAACGGUUUAGAAGUUUCUUCGGGUGAAACAGAGGAUACUACAGUUACUGUGGCAGAUUCGACAAUUGAGAUUGCACAACCGGCUGCUGAAACACCAACAACGAGUUCUGUGGUAGAUUCGUCCAGGGAGCAGAUUGAUGCUGAUACAACGAUCACAAGCACUACGUUUUCUGCCGAAGAAGUGUCCAGCAUAGCAGCUGAGUCACUUGAAGUUGCUGCACCGACCGAUCUAGCUACCAUUGAGAUGAUGUCGAAAGAAGCAACGGAGGCCCCAAUAUCAUCAAGCACAACGGAUUCAUCUCUUGCGCUUACGGUCCUUGCGUUAGUAACGGCUCCAUCGACAAUGUUGACAACAGCAGUUCACAGCAGUGCCACUGAAACCCAAGUACUAGCCACUACGCCACGACCAUUGGUGCCGCAAGAGUCAGUAAUACAUGAGGUAACGGAUGAGGCGAACUUACCUGCCAUCACGGAUGACGAUUCCAUAUCCAGCACAUCCGCCAUCCCGCCGGGAUUGGACCAGGAGUCGCCAGCAGUUGCACUUACAACACCGGACGUUGAUAGUGGCUCUUGCGAGCAGUGGGCUCAUGCGUGGAGCCAUACUUUAAUACUGUUACCACCUGUUACACUGCUGUUUUUUAUUCUCUGA